AUAUAUAUGCCGCGUUUCGCUGUCUAAAUUAAUGUUGUAUCUACCGAGCCUAAUUAUUAUAACUUGAGGCGCUGCUGUGCAUCUUGGACGCCAUUUUCCGCUCCCUGAUAUCAAUCUAUGUCGCCUUUUAUUUAGCCAACUUGUCAUGAAUAUUUUACUGGUUAAUCCAUAUACUACUACCUGAGGCCUCGCACUCCAAGAUGGCGACUCCCCAUGAAUCAGACCCCCACAGAGAUGCGAAUGCCCUGGAAACAAUCGAAACCAUAGGACACGCAAGCUCCAGUGAGGACUUAACAACGUCCACCAGCACCGACAAUCACGAUUCGACAGGCGAAAAGGCACCGCCAAACCGCCCGCGCUUUCCCAUUCAUGGCCUCGAGGAAACUCGUGUAAUCGAAAAGACCGGAACAAACGUACAGCAAGAGAUCACCGAGGAGGACUGCUACGAUGAACUUGGGUUCUCAUUUACCUCGGCGAAGAAGUGGUGGAUAUUAAGCGUUAUUUUCAUUGUCCAAGUGUCAAUGAACUUCAACACUAGUUUAUACUCCAAUGCCAUCGGUGGCAUAGGUGCGGAGUUCGGUGUUAGCGAUCAAGCUGCCCGUGCUGGAGCGGCAAUCUUCCUCAUCACCUACGCUUUUGGCUGCGAACUCUGGGCACCGUGGAGUGAGGAACUGGGUCGCAAGCCAAUCCUUCAAGCAAGUUUGUUUCUGGUCAAUAUUUGGCAAAUUCCGGUUGCUCUUGCACCGAACUUUGCAACUGUUUUAGUUGGUCGUGCGCUCGGCGGUCUCUCAUCCGCUGGUGGCUCGGUCACGUUGGGGAUGAUUGCCGAUAUGUUUGAAGCCGACAGGCAACAAUAUGCCGUCGCCUUCAUUGUCUUUUCGUCGGUGGGAGGUUCCGUCCUUGGUCCUGUUGUUGGCGGUUUUGUCGAGCAAUAUUGUGCCUGGAGGUGGAAUAUCUGGAUCCAACUCAUUUUUGGUGUUGCUGUCCAGCUUCUUCACUUACUUACCGUCCCGGAGACUAGAACUACAGUCAUGAUGGAUAAGAUCGCUAAAAGGCGGCGCAAGGACGGCACAAGUCCCAAUGUCUAUGGCCCCAACGAGCUUGUUCCAUUCAGGGAACGGUUUUCUGCUCGGGAAAUCUUAGCCACUUGGAUUCGGCCUUUCAAGAUGUUCUUAACAGAGCCAAUCGUUCUCACACUAUCACUCCUCAGUGGCUUCAGCGAUGCCCUCAUCUUCAUGUUUGUCCAGUCAUAUGGACUCGUUUACAAGCAAUGGGGCUUCAACACGUACCAGGUCGGCCUCGCCUUCAUCCCACUUCUGGUCGGAUAUUUUAUCGCGUGGGCCUCUUUUAUUCCCGCCAUUAGGCGCAAUAUCAAGGAACGGAAGGAGAAACCACACGACGAGAAGGCCCAAUACGAAUCACGUCUCUGGUGGCUUCUAUUUACUGCUCCAUGCCUGCCAAUAGGACUAAUAAUCUUCGGAUGGACUUCGACCGGACCACCUAUCCACUGGAUCGGCACCUGUAUUGCAGCAGCUAUUGUUGGAAUCGCCAACUAUAGUAUUUACAUGGCAACAAUCGAUUAUAUGGUCUGUGCCUACGGACCAUAUUCAGCUUCUGCGACGGGUGGUAAUGGAUGGUCGCGUGACUUCCUCGCUGGUGUCCUUACUAUUCCUGCGACUCCAUUUUUCCAAAAUAUCGGUGGGAAAAAUCACCUUCCAUACGCUUUCACCAUCCUCUUCUGCAUUUCUUGCGUCCUUGUUGUUGCCGUCUACGUCAUUUAUCUCCGUGGACCUCAGCUACGCAAGCGCUCACCCUUCGCGCAACAACUCUCUAGUGCGCGUGAAGAAAUGGCUACCGGCGGCCAUCGCCUUUCAAGAAUGCCUACACACUCGAGGGCUAAUUCUUUCGCGCGAUCUCAGCAGAGUGUUAGGGUUCGACAGGGUAUGGGGAGUCGUCAGAACAGCUACGUGGCGAGCCGGCCGAACAGCUAUGUGGCGAGUCGACAGAACAGCUUUGUCGGCAAUAAACAGUCCCAGCCAUCAAACUCGGCAAAUUAGGGGAGUACAGGGGAUAUGUGGUUUAUCAUAUAGAUGUUUACGCGGUAUACUAGAGACGUUGAGAAACGGUCGUUGUGGACAGCUUUUCACAUAUAGAUGUUGAAGGCCUUACCGAUUCAGCAUGUUACUAUUAUGGGUUUUAUAAACUACAAUUCUUAUAAGAUAUAGAUAUAUAAAUACAUCAAUCAUCA